GUUCUUAGUACAAAAUAUUGCUGUCCUUGAGCACUGUGCCAAGAUGUACUUAGCUAUUUCUCCCAAUAUUUCCUAGGUGGCGUUGAAUCUUAAUGUCCCUAUGAAAAUGUAACAUUUGAACCUUAUUACAACGCCAAUAGAUAUUUUUUACAUUAAAUAUUUCAUGGAAUAAAAAAAUAUUUUGUCUGUGUCCCCAACAAAGAACAAAAUCGUAACUACCUUGCGUUGCUAUAUGAAAAUAAACCUUAAAGUGAGUGUGUUACAUUUUAUUUCACUUAAUUUGGUUCGACUUAUUGUAACUAUUAGAACGAAUGAUAGCAACUGCGCGGGGGGGAGACCGCUAGCCGGAUCAGUCGCGUCACAGUCGUUGAGAGAGGUGCGUGUGUUUAUUGCGUGGCCGCUGAGUUACCGCUGUCGAAAGAAAGAAGCUUCUACACUAAAUGGCGUUAACGAACGCAGAAAAGCAACGUCGUUAUAGGCUUAAAUUGAAGUUGGACCCUAUAAAAAAUGCUGAAGCAAAAAAAACAUCUUGAAAGGUACCACGCAAAUAAAAAACUUGUAAAAGAUAUGACAGAGCGUGAACACAGAAAUAUCAAGCGUAAAUGGAAGACUGCGAACAAGAAACGACGAGAACGUCAAAAGUGUGCUCAACAAAUUAUGAACAUUACACCGGCGUCCAGCCCACGGUCAGGAACUCCAGUUUCACCGAGAUCUAGAGGCCGAAGACAAAUACGAAGAGAUCGCUCUGCAGUCUACAGAAAAAAUCUGAAAAUUCAGGAAAAACUCGAAAAGAUGAAACGGCUGUGCGAUAAAUACAAAAAGAGAUACCAACGAGCUAAAACCACAAUCAAAGACACGAAAAAAGUAAAUAAGCUUAACCAAAACAAGUAUUCAAUGUUAUCUAAUGCAAUCAAAGACCAUUACAAAAGUUUGAAGUCAGUGAGAGAGAAGAAAGCCUUAAAACGAAUUUUCCAAGGAGAAGGCAUAGCCAAGUCUAAAAUGAAGAUUAGUAUUAUACGCGAGACUUUGGGCAUUGAUCAGAUGAAAGCGAUGAAACGACAGAAUAACGCUUCAGGGAAAAAGCUUCUGGUUGAUAAUAUUAAAAGCUUUUUUGACCGUGAUGAUGUUUCUAGAGCUACGGCGGGUAAACGGGAAACUGUCACAUUUAAAAAAAUAAAAAUGCAGAAGCGCUAUUUACUGGACACGAUGAAAGGCCUAUUUCGUUCAUUCAAAAAAGAAAACCCAGAACUGAGAUGUUCUUAUUCAUAUUUCAUAAAAAAUAGGCCUUUUUACGUAAAACCGCCUUCAGUUGCUGGAAGAGAGACUUGCCUAUGCAAGACACAUACAAAUGCGCAGUAUAUUAUAGAUGCUCUUCACAAAACAAGAGUCCUUGCCACCUCAAACAUGAACGAACUUAUCGCUAGCACAGUAUGCUCGACAUAUAACAAAGCUUGUAUGACUGGCAAUUGUAAAGAUUGUAAGACAAAAGAAAUACUUUUUAGGGAAACAACAGGUAAUCUCGGAUUAGUGAAAUGGGCUCAUUGGAUAAGGAAAUCGGAAAUGAUUGAAAAAUCAGGCAAAAAAGUAAAAGUUACUAAAAACGUAAAGGAAAUAGCUGAAGGAACAGUUGAAGAAUUGAUAGGAAACUUAAAACAAACUAUGAUACAAUUAAAGAAACAUGUUUACAACAUUAAAGUACAGUGCAAGAGUUAUCGAAAUGCUAUAGAUAAUUUGAAUAAUAACGAAGUCGUUCUGCAUGUCGACUUUAGCGAAAACUAUAACUGUAAGCAUUUUGAAGAGGUGCAGUCCCACCAUUUUGGCGGAUCAAGAAAGCAAGUAACUUUACAUACAGGAGUUAUGUACACAAAACCUGAAGGACAUAACAAGCCAACUGUAAAUUCAUUUUGUACCAUUUCUGCGAAUAAUUCCCAUAACCCUGCCUCCAUUUGGGCACACCUACAUCCAAUUAUUCGCGAAAUACAACACAACAACCGUCAUAUAACUACAGUUCACUUUUUCUCCGAUGGACCAGCUACUCAAUACCGGCAGAAGCAAAAUUUUUAUUUCAUUAGUCACAGACUAUUCAGCGAAUACAAUUUCAUCCGCGUUACAUGGAAUUUCUUUGAAGCUGGUCAUGGAAAAGGGGCUGCUGAUGGCGUUGGUGGCUACCUCAAACGCACCGCAGAUGAAAAAGUAGCUGCUGGUUCCGAUAUUUCUGAUGCAGAAGCUCUUUAUUACACUUUGAAGGAUUUGAGCAAGGUUCAAAUGUACUUACUGACUGAAAGCGACAUUCAAAUCGUUGAAAAAGCACUACCUAAAAACCUAGUGCCACUCCAGGGUACUAUGCAAGUACAUCAAGUUUUUACUGACACUCCCGGUGAACUUCAAUACAGAGACCUCAGUUGCUUUUGCGAAAGGGGUUUUUGCCGUUGCAUGAAUCCAAAAACAUAUCAGCCUGUUCCUGUUCCUGUCAUUAAUACACUUAGAGAAGAUAUUCUUUCGUUUGAAUUGGAUGAGGAAUCAGUCCUAGAUGACAUUUCUAAUGUCGUUGCCGUACCUAGAAGAUCAUAUUAUAAUACGGUUUAUUCCUCAUCUUCCAACUCUGACGACGAACCUUUAGCCAACCAUCGGUUUCUAAUAUAAACGAAAUGCAGCUAUACUGGGUCAAGCAAAUCUUGUCAGUAGCAAACGGCGGCAAAUUUGAAAAAUCGCGGGUUAGCAACACUGUGUUCGAAUAAUUCGAAAAUCGCGUGUCAUCUGUGUUUUAUCUGUGGAAUGUGGAUCGCGAAUGACAGCCAUCAUCUUUGUUUACAUUCUGAAUCGAUUCUAUUUCAAGAGAUAUUUCUGCUGUGUCACCAUUAAAUAUCAAUAUAUUCAAUAAAAUUGUGCUUAAUCAAAGCUAAGGUGCCUACAAUGCCUACAGUUCCAACUGAUAAAUCUAAUAAAAUAUUAAAAUCCAAUAGGACAUCUAUCUGCUGAAGCAAUGAUUUUAUUCAUUACAUUCUUGUUUAACGGCAUAUUCCACUUCUAAUUUUAUUUUGAGAUCUUCAAAUUCACCACACACCGCUUUUAAAUUGUCCGUCCAUACCAUUUAAUAACAAUUUCAAACAUUUUCAAUAGAGAAUCCACGAGUGACAAUUUGAAUUGACGUACGUAACAGGGCGCGCUCAGCGGAAAAAAAAGUUUUGGUUCAAUGUACAUUGUACAUUGCUGCUUUUCUUAGCGCAAUACUACUCUUUGAGUGUUGCCCUACUUUAGUUUGCUUUACAUUGCUACUGACAAGAUUUGCUUGACGCACUAUAAUUGAAAAGGAAAAUGUUCAUCCUUCAAAAAUAUCUGACGGUGUCCAUGUUUUAAUAAAAGUGUCUUCUGUCAAAGACAAACACUACACUUACCUCGGCGUUGCUAAAAGUGAAGUCGAUGAAGAAGGAGACGUAGAAAUUAUGUUUUACAAGAUGGUAGAUAAAACUGGCAAAAGAUUCAAAGCAGUGGAGACUGAUAUUUCUUACGAGCCUUACGAUAACAUCUUGGAAAUUGUUCCUAACCCUAAAGUUAUCGUAAAAGGUAAAAGGGUAUAUUUUCAUUACGAUGAAGCAAUUAACGUACUUAUAUGAAAAGUAAGACUGAAUUAUUUGUAUUUAAUUUGCUAAGUUUGUUGUUUUUGAAGUUAUUUGAGUUACUUGAUACUAUAUCACGUCAUAAGAAGUAAUAUUUUGUUUUGUUUAAUCAUUAUAACAGAUCUCUAUAGAAAGUACAAAGUAUAGUAUGUAAGAAAAUACAACUGUGUUACUAAGCUUACUACUGCGUUACUUUUGUGUCCCUUUGAUUAUUGUAGUAAUUUCAGUAAUACAUGGGCUUCUAGUGAUCUUAAA